AUGUCCUCAAAAACAAAUAAUAAAGAAGAGUCAUCACAAACAACUUCAGUUUCACAGCAACUUGCUCGUCAAUUAGAAGCAGCUGCUGAAUCUGAUGAAGAAGAAAUUUCAGUUAAUGCUUCUGCUUUAAGUCUUGGUAUACGUGCUCAAAAAAAAUUACUAAGUAAAUUAUCAUCAAAAUCUGUAGCUAAAAUAUUUAUUGAUGAAACAAGUGGCCGUAUAUUAGAUAAUUUACAUAAAUUAGCACGUAAUUAUUCAGGCAAAAAAGAUGCCGAUAAAUUACUUAAAUCAAUAAUAAAAACAAUUGUUAAAAUGGGUAUAUUAUAUAAAAAUGAUUUAUUUACAGAACAUGAACUUAAAUUAAUUGAUGAAUUUCGUAAUCGUUUUCAUUCAUUAGCAAAAUCUAUAAUAACAUUAUAUGAAGUUGAUUUUAAAUUUGAUCGAUCUGUUUUAACACGUAUGUGUCAAGAAUGUCAAGAAUUAACACAUAAAAUUAUUUCAAAACAUUUAACACAAAAAUCUCAUACACGUAUUGAUUAUGUUUUUAAUUAUGUAUCAAAUAUUGAAUUUCUUGAAUAUUCAUUUAAUCCAAAUUCAACAAUAAAUCGUGCAAUUAUUAAAGAAAUUAUAGCCGAUAUGCAUACAUUGAUGGAUUCUGGUUUUCUUUAA